AUGGGUGGUCUAGCAAUUGCAGAUAUUUGUGACGUUAAUACAGAAAAAAUAGCAAGUGGCGAAGUGAGGAUAUUAGAUCCAGUGUUUCAGAGUUAUGGGCAGGCUCGAACAUUCUCCGGACCCAUUGUAACUGUGAAGGUGUUUGAAGACAAUGUAUUGAUUAAGGAGGUUCUUCAAACGAAAGGAGAAGGAAAAAUUUUGGUUAUUGAUGGAGGAGGAAGCAUGAGGCGUGCCUUGAUUGGAGGACAUUUGGUGGAGUUGGCACAUAGCAAUGGUUGGGCUGGGAUUGUGGUAAAUGGCUGUGUUAGAGAUGUGGAUGACAUUUAUGAGUGUGGCAAUAUCGGUGUGAUGGCUUUGGGUUCAUAUCCUCUCAGGCCUGGUAAAAAAGGCACCGGAAAAAAGCAUGUCCCUGUUCAUGUUGCAGGAGCAACGAUUCAUGAAGGAGAAUGGCUCUAUGCAGAUAACGACGGUGUCCUUGUCUCCAAAUUUCAGAUAUUACAUAACUGAAUUGUACGUGUUAGAAGUCCAUAUUGAUUAAAGAUAUGAUCAACCCUCAAACCACAUUGGUUACAGAAGGGUUUUUUUUAAUACAUUAUGACUUUUAUAUUAUUA